AUGCAAUCUGAAGGGAUAAUUUUUGAAUGUAGUCAAGUUGUGACAAAUGUCAGCGCCUCAGGUUUAUCAUCUCAGAGAACUUGUAAUGUCUGCAAAGGCUUUUCUCAUAAAGAUGAGAAUGCUGUUAUGCAUCCUUCAGAACUGUUACCAGACCGUGAAACACAGAAUAAAAGACCUUACAGAUGUAAUGAGUGUGACAUAACCUUUCUUCAGGACUCAGAACUCAUUAGACAUCGAAGAAUCCAUACAGGAGGAAAACCAUAUAAAUGUGAUGUGUGUGGCAAGGCUUUUAAUCAAACUAGAAAACUUGCAGUUCAUUGGAGAAUUCAUACUGGAGAGAAACCACAUAAAUGUGAUGUGUGUGGCAAGGCCUUUAAGCAAGCUGCAAAAUUUGUAAUUCAUUGGAGAUAUCAUAUGAGAGAGAAACGAUAUAAAUGUGAUGUGUGUGGCAAGGCCUUUACUCAAGCUACAGGCCUUGCAGUUCAUCAGAGACUUCAUACUGGAAAGAAACCGUAUAAAUGUGAUAUAUGUAGCAAGGCUUUCAGAGUAAGCUCAAACCGUGCUGUUCAUCGGAGAGUUCAUACUGGAGAGAAACUGUAUAAAUGUGAUGUGUGUGGCCAGGCCUUUAGUCAAGCUACAGGCCUUACAGUUCAUCAGAGGAUUCAUACUGGAGAGAAACCAUAUAAAUGUGAUGUAUGUGGCAAAGCCUUUAAUCACACUACAAGACUUGAACUUCAUCAGAGAAUUCAUACUGGAGAGAAGCCAUACAAAUGCAAGGUAUGUGGCAAGGUGUUUAGUCAUACUGCAAACCUCAGUGUUCAUCGGAGACUUCAUACUGGAGAGAAACCAUAUAUAUGUGAUGUAUGUGGCCGAUGCUUUACUCAGAACGCACAACUUGAAGUUCAUCAGAGAACUCAUACGGGAGAGAAGCCAUACAAAUGCAACAUAUGUUACAGGGCGUUUAGUCAUACUGCAAGCCUCAGUGUUCAUCGGAGACUUCAUACUGGAGAGAAACCAUAUAAAUGUGAAAUAUGUGGCAUGGCCUUAAAUGAAGCUGCAAAGCUAGCAGUUCAUCAGAGAUUCCAUUCGGGAGAGAAACCAUAUAAAUGCAAUAUAUGUGGCAGAGCCUUUAGUCAAACUGCAAACCUUGCAGUUCAUCGGAGAAUUCAUACUGGAAGGAAACAAUAUAAAUGUGAUGUAUGUGGCAAGGCCUUUAAUCAGACUGCGAAACUUGGACUUCAUCGGAGAAUUCAUACUGGAGAGAAACCGUAUAAAUGUGAUGUGUGUGGCAAGGCAUUUAGUUGUACUGGAAACCUUGCUCUUCAUUGGAGAGUUCAUACUGGAGAGAAAGCAUAUAAAUGUGAUGAGUGUGGCAAGGCCUUUAGUCAAGCUACAGGCCUUGCAGUUCAUCAGAGACUUCAUACUGGAGAGAAACCAUAUAAAUGUGAUAUAUGUGGCAAGGCUUUCAGAGUAAGCUCAAACCUUGCUGUUCAUCGGAGAGUUCAUACUGGAGAGAAACCAUAUAAAUGUGAUGUGUGUGGCAAUGCCUUUAGUCAAGCUACAGGCCUUGCAGUUCAUCAGAGAAUUCAUACUGGAGAGAAACCAUAUAAAUGUGAUGUAUGUGGCAGCGCCUUUAAUCACACUACAAGACUUCAACUUCAUCAGAGAAUUCAUACUGGAGAGAAGCCAUACAAAUGCAAUGUAUGUGGCAAGGCAUUUAGUCGUACUGCCAACCUUACUGUUCAUCAGAGACUUCAUACUGGAGAGAAACCAUAUAAGUGUGAUAUAUGUGGCAAGGCUUUCAGAGUAAGUUCAAACCUUGCUGUUCAUCAGAGUGUUCAUACUGGAGAGAACUAUAAAUGUGAUGUGUGUGGCAAGGCGUUUAGUCAUACUGGAAACCUUGCUGUUCAUCGGAGAGUUCAUACUGGAGAGAAACCAUACAAAUGUGAUGUGUGUGGCAAGGCGUUUAGUCAUACUGGAAACGUUGCUGUUCAUCAGAGAGUUCAUACUGGAGAAUAA